AUGGUACUUAGAAUCACUUCGUGGAACGUGAACGGUAUCAAGAAUCCUUUUGGGUACCAGCCAUGGCGAGAAAACAGGACUUUCGAGGCCAUGUUCGACAUCCUCGAGGCAGACAUUGUCGUCAUGCAAGAGACCAAAAUCCAGCGCAAGGAUCUCACUGAUGACAUGGUUCUCGUUCCGGGCUGGGACGUGUACUUCAGUUUUCCAAAGCACAAAAAAGGAUACGCAGGUGUGGCUAUCUAUACCCGCAGCUCCGUAUGCGCCCCAAUCCGCGCAGAAGAAGGCAUAACUGGUGUUUUGUGCCCACCCAAUUCCUCCACCAAGUUCUCAGAUCUCCCCAAAGAUCAACAAAUAGGCGGCUAUCCAACACCGGGCCAACUUACUGGGACUCUGGACAAUGCGACUUUGGACUCUGAGGGGCGCUGCGUCAUCCUCGAGUUUCCUGCUUUCGUUCUCAUUGGAACCUAUAGCCCGGCUAACCGCGAUGAAACCAGAGACGACUUCAGAUUGGGGUAUCUCGAAGCACUCGACUUGCGUAUCCGUAACUUGGUCGGCAUGGGAAAAAAUGUGGUUCUUACCGGAGAUCUAAAUGUCAUCCGUGCCGGCAUCGACACCGCCAAUAUCGCCGAAAGGCUGAAAAAGGAGGCCAUGGCGAUGCAGGAUUUCUUCUCGUCGCCCGCCCGCCGCCUAUUUAACCACAUGGUAUUUGAUGGUGUUGUACAUGGAGAAAGAGACGAGAGCCGAGAAGAUCCUGUACUGUGGGAUUUGGGUCGACUCUUCAACCCGACCCGCCAAGGCAUGUUCACCUGUUGGGAUACCAAGAAGAAUACCCGUCCAGCAAACUUUGGCAGCCGCAUUGAUUACGUUCUAUGCAGUGCCGGUAUGAAGGAUUGGGUCGUCGACUCCAAUAUUCAGGAGGGCUUGAUGGGAUCCGACCAUUGCCCGGUCUACGCGAGCCUGAACGACGUUGUCAAGGUGGACGGCAAAGAAAUCCAUCUCAAAGACAUCAUGAACCCGGAAGGCAUGUUUCGGGCUGGGAAACGACUAAGAAACUGGUCUAAAAAGGAUCUUAGGUCGAUGUCUGCGAAGCUCAUCCCUGAAUUCGACAACCGCCGGAGUAUCAAGGACAUGUUCUCCAAGAAAGCUAAGGUGGUUCCAACCCCUGCUUCAGUAAGUGAACCGGAACCGGCGUCGUCAGAGCCUAUACCGAGCGCUCCUCUAUCCUCUCAAGCAGAAUCAACCACGUCAAGUGUGUCGCUGGAAAAGCCUGCAAAUGCGGGUAGCAAGCGCACGCCUUCCGCGCCCGCACCAAAUAGCAGACCCCAAAAGAAGCUCAAAGCCUCGCCGGUGAAGGAAAAGGCCUCCUCGAGGGGGCAAAGUAGCCUCAUGGGCUUCUUCAAGUCAAAAACUACGGCGAGCCCAGACAACAAAAAGCCCGAGACUGAAGAAAACCCCACACCUGGGACCGAUGUUGAUGAUACGUCGGCUUUUGCUAUUGAGGAAGCCGGAAACUCCCGAGCUUCGAAUACCGUAGAUGACUCCAAUGAUCCACACACACCAAUCAGAGCCGAGAAGUUCAUAGACCCGAUUGAGUCGAAAGAAUCGUGGUCAAAACUUCUUGGCAAGCGGGUUGUUCCCAAGUGCGAGCAUGGCGAGCCUUGCAUAAGCUUGGUGACCAAGAAGGCAGGCGUCAAUUGUGGCAGGUCAUUCUAUAUGUGCCCCAGACCCAUCGGACCGUCAGGAGAGAAGGAGAAGAAUACCGAGUGGCGGUGUGGGACAUUCAUAUGGAGUAGUGACUGGAGCAAGUCGCAAUCUGCAUAA